AUGGGAAAGAAAGCGAGCCGCCUGCGGCGACGCCGCCAGCCGCCAGCCGGCAUCAGCCCCACCACAUCGUCGUCGACGUCGCCGCCGCCAGCGCCUGCAUCCUCCUCAAGAGAGUUUGCCAUCAUGCAAGGCCCGAGCAAAUUGUCUGACCCAUCUGUCUCUACUCCCCCAGGAGUGUUGGGGCACCAAGGUUGGGCUGACCUCCCAGAUAAACUGCUUCACUCCAUUGUUCCUCUGUUGGGAUCUUUCCUCGACCUUACUGCGUUUGCUAGCACCUGUGGUUCUUGGCGUGCUGCCUUCUCUUCGUACCCAUCCAAAUCAACCAUCUGCACCAAACUCCCGCCUAUCCUUGUCCGACCCAAUGUAUGUGUCCAAGCCCCUCAUCUCCCUUCCAGCAAUGGUCGUCACAAGCUACGCACAUGUAAGGUCAUUGAUAUAGCCAACCAGAACAGAGCCCUUCGCUGCCAGAUUCCUCAGGAAACUUUUCAGAGGAUGCGUUUUGUUGGCUCUUCCUAUGGGCAUCUCAUCUGCUGCCGCCGAGGAAAUUGUCUCAUUGUUGAUGUGUUCACUGGUGCCGAGGUUUCACCUCCAUGUCCCCCAUUCAGUGGUGACUGUGAGGAGGACUUCUACUUUGGUGGCACCCUGACAGCUCCCCUUGCAUCACCCAAUUGCCAUCUCCUUGUCAGCAACCGAUCCUCACUGUUUGAUUGGCCGGUUGGAAGUGACUCUUGGUCUGAACUCAAGCUUUCUGAUGCACGGGUAGAUCAGAUUGUGGAAUUAAAUGGUCAGUUCAUUGCCAUGGAUUAUUCCCAGAGGAUCUACAUUCUGAAGUUAGCCCCCCAGCUUGGCCUGCAGGAGAUAACAACCGAGUGGUGGGACGACAUGACUGAAUGCCCAUAUCUAAGACCAUGGCUGGUGGUCUGUGGUGAUAUGCUUCUCAUGGUUGACCAUUACAUGAGCUUAUCAUUUGGAGCACCAGUCUUGUAUAAACCCUACUGCCUUGAUAUGUCGACCAGACCUGCAAAAUGGGUGGAGGUGAAGAAGCUGGACAACUGGGCACUCUUUGUAGGGGGUGAUGUGAGGAGCCCGCCAUUUUCUUGCUUGACCCCGGAGAAGUGGGGAGGAAGGAGCAACUGCCUGUACUACGCCCAUUGCUCUCAGCCUUGGAGCGUACAUGGAUUAGGUGACGCGGCAGAUGCUGUGUGGGAUCCUUCCACCGACCCUGAUCUUGUGUACAAGAGAAACUGGUACGGCCAGCUGCAGGCCUUCUGGGUGUAUCCAAGCAUGUUCUGUUCCGAUGCUCCAGUAGUGCCGAGUCUCCAAGACUGGGCUGACCUCCCAGAUAACCUGCUUCACUCCAUUGUUCCUCUGUUGGGAUCCUUUCUCGACCUUAUUGCGUUUGCUAGCACUUGUCGUUCUUGGCGUGCUGCCUUCUCUUCAUACCCAUCCAAAUCGACAUUCUGCACCAAACUCCCGCCUCUCCUCAUCCGACCCAAUGUCCGUGUCCAAGCCCCUCAUCUCCCUUCCAGCAAUGGUCGUCACAAGCUACGCACAUGUAAGGUCAUUGAUCUAGCCAACCAGAACAUAGCCCUUCGCUGCCAGAUUCCUCAAGAAACUUUUCAGAGGAUGCGCUUUGCUGGUUCUUCAUAUGGGCAACUCAUCUGCUGCCGCCGAGGAAAUUGUCUUAUUGUUGAUGUGUUCACUGGUGCCGAGGUUUCACCUCCAUCUCUCCCAUUCAGUGGCGACUGUGAGGAGGAGUUCUACUUUGGUGGCACCCUGACAGCUCCCCUUGCAUCACCCAACUGCCAUCUCCUUGUUAGCACCCGAUCCUCCCUGUUUGAUUGGCCGGUUGGAAGUGACUCUUGGUCUGAACUCAAGCUUUCUGAUGCAAGGGUAGAUCAGAUCGUGGAAUUCAAUGGUCAGCUCAUUGCCAUGGAUUAUUUUCAGAGGAUCUAUAUUCUGAAGUUAGCCCCCGAGCUUGGCCUGCAGGAGAUAACUACCGAGUGGUGGGACGGCAUGACUGAGUGCCCAUAUCUAAGACCAUGGCUGGUGGUUUGUGGUGAUAUGCUUCUCAUGGUUGACCAUUACGUGAGCCUAUCAUUUGGAGCACCUGUCUUGUAUAAACCCUACCGCCUUGACAUGUCGACCAGACCUGCAAAGUGGGUGGAGGUGAAGAAGCUGGACAACUGGGCACUCUUUGUAGGUGGUGAUGUGAGGAGCCCGCCGUUUUCUUGCUUGAGCCCAGAGAAGUGGGGAGGGACGAGCAACCGCCUGUACUACGCCCAUUACUCUCAGCCUUGGAGUGUACAUGGCUUUGGUGACGCGGCAGAUGCUGUGUGGGGUCCUUCCACCGACCCUGAUCUUGUGUACAAGAGAAACUGGUACAGCCAGCUUCAAGCCUUCUGGGUGUACCCAAGCAUAUUCUAUUCCGAUGGCCAGUGA